AUGGACAGCGACGGAUCAGCCAAGGAUGUCCCCGGUCAGAGCAAGGACAAUGACGAUGUUGCGCAGAGGAGUCAACAAGGACAGGGCAACUCUGACAAUCAAUCGGGAACAGAGUUGACGUCCGCCAUUCCAAGUGAUUUAAACAACAAGCAAGAGCUUUCUCCCAUCAAGUUCACACCUGCCAUGACUCGCCGCGAAAUAAAGAGACAACGGAGCGCCUCUCCUGCUGGACCAACUACAUCUACAUCAGACGACGAAGAUUUGGAGCUUCUGGAGGAGGUUUCGAGGAUAAAGGCGCAGUUGGAAGCGAAGCUGCGGGCAAAAAAGAAAGCCAAGACUGAAAAAGUUGAAGGCGAUCAAAGCUGUGGAAGCAACACACCAUCAAAAGGAGUGCAGGCACCAACAACAGGAGCGCAAACACCGUCAAAUGGAGCGCAGACACCACGUACCAAGCAGCAUUCAUCUCACGUGCCACUGCCACCAGCAUCAGCAGAUGAAGAUGAGGAUCCGUUCCUUCUGACGACCUCUAACACGACUACACCUCCGACAACCCGGACGCCACUGUCAUCACCCGGAUUUAAGACACCCUCACCCCCCGCACGCACAAAGCUGCUCAUGUCUCCUUCCUCAGGAGCGUCCGCACGGAAACGUCAACAUAGCCCUUCGCCCAUGGCGAGAAGAUCUCCGCGAGGACUGACAAUGUCGCCCAGGGGAUCUUUAUCAUCAACACCGCUGGGCUCCUUCUCUGGUCAGAGCCGAUUCUUGCAGAGGCUAGACGAUACAGCAGAGACUGACGUUUCGUUGGAUACGAAAAAGGGCACAGUUGAGGCGGACGCUCCGCUGGAGGUGGAAGACGAGGACGACUUUGAUGAUGCCAUGUUGGAGUCUGCACUGGACGAGGAUGAUUUCGACGACGACUUUUCAUCAAAGCAGGAGAGUACCAGCAAACCCGACCUUGCACUUUCACCCAGGCUGAAGAGUAUGAUCAAACCCGACUUUGGUCUUUCCUCAAACAAGAUGAAGGUGAAUCAACCCGACUUUACCUCUUCAACUGCGAGUGCCAGUGGAGGACCGACGGGACGGACAAAACAGAGUACAGAUAUGGCAAGUCUUCGUUCGACAACAUCUAACCUGACGGAAGCUGUCAUUGCUAAGCAACAGGAAAGACUAGCUGUACAGGCAGCUCAACAUGGACCCAAGGCCACAUUCAGGACCGUCGGAAACGAUUCUCUUCCCGCCUCCACACGGGAAGCUACUCGGUUGGGUCAUACGGCGGGACUUGAUCCCCUAUCUGGAGUUCGACUGAGGUCACGGAUAACAUCGUGUGAGGAUGCUGCAAGGAUGACACGCGAUAUCUGCAAUAUACCCAUAAAGGAUCACGACGGCAUCCGUGCAAGGACCGAGCAGCGCACGAAAGCAGGAUUACUACCGUCGUCCUCUGCUGCAGGUCUUCUUCGUCCCAAAAACGACACAAAGCAAGGAUCUGGGCCGUCCGAAUCGACAUUGGGCCAUUGGAUGGUCGCAGGAGUUGUAGGAGCGAAAUCGAAACCAAAGAUGACGGCAAAGAAAGUUCAGUACUGUCAUUUCCAACUAAGCGACCUUCACAGUGCUAUGAUCAACGUGUUUUUAUUCCGGGACGUCAUGGAGAGACAUUACGAGGGGCUUCGGAUAGGCGACGUCGUUGCCAUCAUGAAUCCGAAAGUUUUAAGCCAGGCUGAGCGCGCAGGAACUCUGGGAGUUGAGGUUGAGCACCCUGAUUGUUUACUGGUCCUUGGAACUAGUACGGAUUUUGGACUAUGCGAAGCGGUCAAGCUGAACGGCGAUAAUUGCAAUAGGCCACUCGACAAGAGAGCAUCCAGCUAUUGUAGCUAUCACAUCAUGAUGGUAGCCAACAAGGGGCGUAACCAACGAGGAAGUCUCAUUGCUGGUACCAGCUCGAUCUUGGAUUUGGACAAGUCUGCAUCUCGGCCGUUCAAACCGCCUGGACCACACAAGGCUGGAGGAGGACUUGCAAGAUCAUCGUCCUCGAGUUUUCUCCAGAGCGGGAGUAAAGGGCCGCCUCAGGAGACGACAUAUCUAUUCGACGACGGAGGCGUUGGCACUUCACUCAUGGCAGAUCCAAAGAAACCCAAGAAGGUUGUUAAUCAACUCGACGGUGAAUUGUCGGCGUUCCUGAUGACCCAGAACAACCCAGGCGGUCAAUAUCUGCGGCAGGCAAAGGAGAGCAAGGAUGUGGCUUGGGCUAAAGACGUGCCUUCUCCUAAAACGCCAACAAAGAACUCGGAGAUAUUCCCCGCAGAGAUGGUUCGUCGGAUGGGGUAUGAUCCGGUCACAGGACAGUUUGUUCCAGGGAGUCCAAAGAGGAUGAACGAGGACCCAGAGGCACGAGAACGAUCCCUGCGACUCUUGGCGGAACGUGUUCGAUCUCCACCCUCAUCGCCCCUUUUCAGUCUCUCACCAACUGGACACAGACACACGAUGGUGGUUAAGGGCAUGACGAGGGUCAUUGCACAACCAAAGUCAAAAGCAGCCCAUGCACCUGGGAAAACAUCAACAGCAGGAAAGGAAGUUGCCGGAGAUGUGUUCUUUCGAGACAGAGGAGCAGCAGCAGCAGGUACACCAGGAGGCAGUGGUUCACCUUUGACGAGUCCAAAGAAGUGGGUGGACCUUGACGGUAGUAGUGAGAGUGACCCCGAACUGGAUGACGAUGGCAACCCGGUCUUGUCGCUCAGUCAACAGCGUAACAAGAACCUUCUAGAGGCGAAAGGGGAAAAUGGUAAAGGAGCAGUACGUGGUAGUCGAUCAGUCGCCCCCUCGAGUUCCGGAUCUGCUUCAACGUCGAUGUCGCCUUCUCUGUCUCGACUGAGUUUCAACCCUCUGAUGAGUGGAGCGCCUGGUCGAGCUCAAGUACCUGCAUCGUCCUCAUCUGCAUCCAAGACGAUGCUUUUGCAGAGAACUAAGGCCAAGACUGCUAAACCAACGACAAGCGCAGCCGUUCCAUCCGAUACCCAACCUCCCACGAGCACACCUAAUACUUCAACGACGAAUACUAGGAGCAGCAGUAGUAGAAGCCUCAAUGGCAGUGGUGGUGGCGGUGGCAGUAGCAGUAGUAGCGGUGGCAGCAAAAGUGGAGGCAACGGUAAGGCUGCCGCCAAAUACGUUGACCUAAGUGAUUAA